UACAAGGCCCACGUGGUGGAAAACAUAUCUCGCCCCUCCCCCCCUAGCAACGUGAAAGUCCUUUAAUGAGAUGGCGUUCCUUAUUACCACUUUACGGCUACGAAAAUCCAAAUCAUACGCGCCUCACUUAUGUUUGACUGAACACUCUCCGGUCAGAUUAUUAUCCAUCAACUUCACUUCAUCCCUAACCUUCUGCCACUCCAUAUAUAUAUAUAUAUAAAGAAGCCGCAAAUUCCCAUAUUUGUUCUCAAGGCAAAAUAAAAAAAACAAAAAAAAAAUCAUUAAAUAUCACUUUACUUUAAAACUGGAGGACACAACAAUGGUGAAACAAAACACGGGCCGGAAGCCCGAAUCGGAGCGACCCGAUUCGAGGUUCAAGGGUGCUCGGAAGAGGAAAUGGGGGAAAUGGGUAUCGGAAAUCAGGUUGCCGAACAGUCGUGAAAGGAUUUGGUUGGGAUCGUACGACACAGCGGAACAAGCGGCGCGUGCAUUCGACGCGGCUCUUUUUUGCUUGCGUGGCCGUUCAGCUAAGUUCAAUUUUCCCGAUAACCCACCGGAUAUAGCCGGUGGUGGGUCAUUUACGCAUGCUGAAAUCCAAGCCGUAGCUGCCCGUUUCGCCAAUUCGGUUCCUCCGAGGACACAUGCGGAGGAGCAAUCCACGUCUGGGUUUCAAACGGAAUCCCCUUCGCCGUCGGUUUCGGUCGAGACCGUACGGGUCGACUGCGAGUUGCCGGUCGAUGAUGGGUCGUUUCUCGAUGAUUUGACAAUGGGUUCGGGUCAUUAUGAUUCGGGUUACGGGUUAUUCCCUGGAUUUGAUGAUUUUUCGAGUGAUUUUACGGGAUUAUUGUCGGUGCCUAACAUCGACUGUGAAGAAGAUGAUAAUUUGGAUUGGAAUUUAAAUUCAGAACCUUUUCUUUGGAAUUUUUAAAAAUUUAAACUUAAUUAAUGGAGUUUUUAUCCAAA